CAAAAUACACAGGGUGCAAGUUUCCGUUAUUUUACAAGUUCCCUGCUUCGCCGCAUUUGGCGUCGCCGUGUGCAAACCGGAACGCCUCCCAAAGAACAUGGCGCAUGUCAUGUUCCGACAACGGAGCUCUAGAGGUGGCCGUUCAUUAAGAAGACGCCAUGACAGCGAGGAAGAGACGGUUCACCUUGAUUUAAGCAAAGGCGUGGCGGACAACCUGAGGGAGGUUCUCAUCUAUUUGGUGCGCCAAGACGGCAGCAAGCAGAGGAAGAUAGCCUACCUUAACUGUCUUGUGAAGCUGAGCCCGAAGAUAACUCCAGAAACAGAGCUCGGGCUGACUCUUGAAGAUUUAUUUUGUUGUCUGCGGGUGCUUCUUGUACAUGAUGCCAGUGAAGUGCGGGCAGGAUGCCUCCGGGCUCUGCGCCAUCUCGUCAGAGACAUUGAUGCCGCUCGGGCACUCGCGGCAUCGCACAUUCCACGCCUCGUGGCACGUGCACUGGAUGCUGCCCUGGAGAGCCGCACAGAGCGGCUUCAGGCCUUGAGGCUGGUGCGACGUCUGGUUGCUGUGGCGCCACUUGAGCUGCCAGCUCAACUUGCUCGCAGCCUCGUCGCCGUGGCAGCAGAUGGCGCCAAGGAGACUGAUGACCUUGUUCGUGCCUGCCUGGCCACCAUUUGUGAGCUAGCAUUGCUGAACCCAAAGCUCUGCGUGGACACUGGUGGCUUUCGAACAUUGCUCCAAAGUGUGCUUGACUGCCAUCACCCGCCCCUGGCAGAGGCGAUGCUGGGAAUCAUCUUCCACUCUAUAAACGAUCCAGCCACACGUCAGCUGCUCAGUCGUGAUAUUGAUCUUGAGUACUUGGUCGCCCCAUUCACGGACAGUCACUUCAAGUAUGCACCGGACACACCAGAAAACAACUUGGGGUAUGACAAGGUGCUCAGGUUUCAGUCAAGUAGGAUAGCCAUGACUUCAGUUCUGAGGUCCUGGCCCGGGAUGGUGUAUUUCUGCAAGCCUCCACCGUCCGGUCUGCAAUCUCUCGUAGAAGUUCUUUGUCUUCCUCUUCCUGACACAAGGAAAAAUAUAAUUGAGUUGCUGUACGACGUCUUCUGCCUUCGUAUUCCGGAAUGGACAAGUGAUUUUGAAACUGCACUCAAGUCAGCUGAUCGAACGGCUAUCCGGGAGUCAUGGAAGCUAUAUGAGGGCUUUGUGGUUGCAGAGGCUUGUGAUCUUUUACCACCACCAUCAAAGCAUAGGUCAAAUUUAGUGGGAAACUACUUAGCUCUCCUUUUGUUAGCAUUCGUACAGGCUGGAAUCCUAGAGGCGCUAGUUGAAGUGAUAGUGUCAAGUGAAGAUGCCUUGGCUAUUCAAGCGACAAUACUCUUGGCAGAACUGCUGUACAUGGCCAGUAUCUACCUGCCCUCUGAAGCUGGCCGACAUUGCCACUGCCUGCCGACACUGAUGUCACAAGCGGCUGCUUUUGGAUCGCCCCAGGAAAAGCGCAUCCGUGCGAGCACAGCUGUGGCCCGUCUGUCGCACCUGCAUGCAAACCGGCGGAAAGGCACAAUGCCAAGCAGCCUCUUCCUGGACCAGCUUCUGCAGUUCUGCAGCCCGACCAAACACCGUAGCGGCAACCAGGACUUCUGCGAGGCAGCGGGCAAGGUGCGCCUCAACGCCUGCCUGCGUAAGGAAACGGAUGAGAGUGCCAUGCACAGCAUCCGAGACUCCCAGGUGCUUGUCAGGGAGUACAACUCCUGGGACUGGUAUCUUGUGAGUUCGUUACUCAAGUGGCCCAGCGAGUCGUUGCGCGCGCUCAGCGAGAGCACGCACCGAACUUUUAUCCGUCGUCUUGUCUUCUUCUACAAACCUAGCAGCCGCCAGUUCUCGCUGAUGGAAACCAAGCGUGAGUGUGCAAACCAGAUCAUCACCGUUGGCUGCCAGCUGUUUGAAUUUCUGCUCGAGGCCGAUGAAGGUCGAGCCACCGAGUUCAUUGAGGACUUCUUGAUCGACUUGUGUAACUGCCUUCACGAAGCGCAGCUACCUGGGGCUGCCAUGUCGGCGCUUUUAGGACCUUCGAGAAUGCUGGCAAUGGUUUCACAUGCCUACUUCCUUUUCAUUGGCCGGCUCGCGAGUUCUAGCAAGGGCUCACGGCUCUUGGAGAGGCUUGGAGUGUACCAGCAUAUUGUGACGCUGGUCACACUGGAAGGCCAUGACCUGUACUUGAAGCUGGCACUGGCAUCCAUGGACUACACCAAGCCAGGCUUUGCGAGGUCCCUGCUGACGACAGCACUGACAACAAAGUGCGAGGAAGCACGACUCUAUGCAACAAAGUUCCUCAGAGUCCUACUUCGAUUGGAACUCUUGGACUUCAGGAAGUGGGUCAUGGAGCUUCUUGUGACUCAGCUCUGCGACCCAAACCGUGCAGUCAUGCUCACUGCUGCCUCCAUCUUGGAUGAAGCCUGUGAUGUCAAGGAAAACCUGGAAGCACUGAUUGCGCUGCGUCCCGUGCUGCUGUCAUUUGGAGACCGAGGCCUGCUCCUGCACAUUCGUUUCCUCUCCGUGCCGAGUGGCUUCAAGUACAUGCUGGAAGCCGAACUGCUGGGCCAUCAGCUGCGGCAGUGGGACGAGGUUGAUAAUCUUCGGUAUGUGAAGAUUGUUGAGGACGCCAUCAGCCAGGCUGUCACAUGGCAUCAGCGAGGUGAAGAUGGAACCUAUGGAAGGCGGAGCAGCAACACGAGACUCAAAGUGCAAGAUGUGUUUGCCCCUCCACAUCUCUAUGGCCAGCUGGUGCAGCACAAAGAAGGACUGGAAUACCUGCAGAAGCACGGUUGCCUGGAGCGCCACUGCGAGACUGUCAUCUCUGGGGACAUGUCGAAUGAGGAGUCCCUCCUGCGGCUGAAGGCAUCACUGUGGACAGUGGGCCAUGUUGGAACAUCGCCAGAAGGCUUUGCACUUGUGGCAGACGCAGACGUGCUGCCCUCUAUUGUCAGAAUGGCUCAGGAGUCUCCGGUGUACUCGAUCAGAGGUGUGUGCUUCUAUGUGCUGUGCUUACUGGCCAGCACUGGCGACUCUGUCGAGCACCUUAGUGGUCUUGGCUGGGACUGUGUCCAGCACAAGCACAACGAUGCCUGGCCCGUGGCAUCGGACGCCUUGCGUGCUGUGCAAACAUCACCUCCACCGCUCCGGGCUCACACGUGGUCCAUAAGCAGCGCAGGAAGCCAACAGAGUGAGGUGCUCACCGCCAGCGCUCUGCACCGUCGCUUCCACGGUUCUGCUGCAUCGUCCCUGAGUUGUGUCGAUGCUGGUGAGACAAUGCUACGGAGGACGCUCAACUUUGUGUCAGAGCAGGCAAAAUCUCAGGUGGAGAACAACAGUGGUGUGCGCCAUUCACAGACUUUGCCGCGGAAUGUGACGCUGUCUCCUCGACAUGACGCUCUGGUUGCCUCGUCUCGUAGGCCACGGUCAUCGUCAGACUGCAGGCCGGGCGAAGCAAGGCAUGACGCUGAAGGACAGGCGCCACAGGGGCAAGCCCACAAGAUUCCAGAGGCGGUUGCAAUCCACCCCUCUGUUGCCGAGUGCAGACUGCUAUCAGUACCUGACAGUACAAAGGAGCGCUCCAGUUCCUUUGGAGGGAGUCGUGACUCUGGAACCGAGACAUCGUUCACUGAGAAAACCUCCAGCAAUCCUGAAGUGAAAGGCGAGCGGAGCGACAGCAACGAGAGUGCCAUCACCACUGGCACAAGCAAGAGCCGGUCUGACAGUUGCACGGACUCGACGACGAGUGGUGUGAGUUCGUGCGAUGAGAACGCUGCCACGACGAGGACAGUGCAAACGCUGAGCCCGAUUGCGAGCUCGACCUCACUGAGCACACUGGGUGGGAAUAGGGGCGAUGGUGCUGUGAUGCCGCGGAGACCUGGGGGCUUUGUCGGUGGUGUGCGGGCGCUUUCGCGUAGUAGCACGUCCACGAGUCCGGUGUCUCCGGACUCCCCGGUGCUUAUGUACACAAGUGCGCGUGAUGUGGCAGGCUAUGCGACACUGCGGGCAGUACGUGAGGCGUCGUCAAUGCGGCGGCGGCGGAAGCGUGUCUGCUCAGUGGGCUGUGACGGGGCAGAGCAACAUGGAGAGCUCUUUUCGCCACUGUCUUUGGUUGGCUGGAGCCUGGAUCGCAGCGGAUUCUACAUAGGGGAGGAGCCAUAUCCAGAUGAUGCAACAAGUAUUCGGACUAUGUCCAUGUCAAGCACUGCCUCUGCAGCAACAGCCCGAUCGUCAGCUAGGCGGUCUGAGGAGAGGUUCAUGGGACUCUGUUUGCCUGUUGACACUGCACUCAUCUUUUCAGUUUAUGAUCAGGUGCAGCCAUCUAUGGGGGGCAAUGGAGAGGACAAAAUUACUGAAUUGGCUGAGAAUGUUGAAGAGCGGAGUGAUGGCUUUGAGCUGCACACGCCGCGAGAGUGUCUCCUAUGCCACAGCAUUGAGAGAGUUGCAAAGAUGAAGCAAAGGCAUAUCGACAGCCCUGAAAAGCCAGUUAGUCCGGUUGGCACAGUCAGUCCGACAAUAGAGGAACACUGCAGUGUGGACCUUCGUGAUGCAGCCAUUGGGGCAUUCCCUUUUUCCCGUUCUAGUCAAACUAGGAAAAACAGGAAGUCAGGCGAGAGGUCAGCUGACAGUGACUAUGACCCCAUUGCCGUUAGGCGGGAGUUGCUCAAGUACAUUGUUAACCUGAAUAGCUCAGUCGUCAUGAAGGGAUCCGAACAGGCCCUACUGACCCUGAAGCAGAAGUACCCAAGCGCCUUUCAGGAUGUGUGCCUUUACUCUGAGGUCUGUCUGCUGAUGUCACGGUACCGGUACAGGCUAGGAGCCCGUACCUUGCUCCAGGAACUGUUCUUUGACCUCAGCCUUGAAAAGCAAUUUUUUGAGGAGGCAGAAUGUAUCCUAAGGAUACCACAUGUUGUAGUAAUGCCACCUAAGGAGGAAUCAGAGGCUUAAAAGAGCCUCCUUUGACCAAAACAUGAUUUGCGGCACCAGAAGCUCGGCAUCUGCAAAGGGUCGGCACCACUGUCGCUGACAUCAUGGUCAAGCUUCGCUGUGUAUUCCUUCAGUGUGUAAAAAAAAUAAUCUACCGAUGUCAGAUGCAAGAUGUCUCCAAAUCAAGUCAUCUCAAGCCAAAUGUGAAGACAGAUGACUCGUGAUCUAAUGCCUGACAGCUGCAACGAGCUUAGCAAGUUAAGUCUGGCUGCCAAGUGAGAGAAGUGCUAGCUCAAACUGUGAUGAGUGCAGUGUUGCUGAAAUAAGCCAAAGCAUUGUCGUAAUCUUCUCAGUGAUUGCAUUCUUAAGCAGCAACUUGACACUCCUAAGGUGCACAUUGCUUUGUUGAUGAGAGGCCCAGAUGUUUGUGGCAUUUAUUCCAUAGACACAGUAUGUGUUGGGGCCUGUUUAAACGCUUGUGUAAGACGUAAAAAUGGGGGUGGGGUAUUGAAAUUUGACUAUGUGCAAAGUAUCAUGCUGGGAUGCCAAGUAAUAGAGCUGAAUUAGGUACUGCUAGAGUAGUACUGUGAGGGUGGAGCUGCACUUGUGUGUUGCACGCCGAUAGGCAAGGAAAAGAACAGGGGGUGUUGAACAUGCCGUAUUUGCUUGAAUAUAAAGCUUUUCUUUAAUCUUUGGCCAGAGUUACCACAGACUGAGUUAGCACCUCAUAUUCAGGAACACGCUCUGAAUAUAUAUGCGACCGCAUGCAGAAAUCUCAGCCAUCAUGCAAAUAAGCUGAGUGGGUAAGUGGGUGUCACUGUAUCAGUGACAGAAGAUUCAAGUCUGCAAAUAGUGAGAGCUCAACUUGAGGUGAUGUAGGUGGAUGGACUUCGAAGGUUGCAGAUAUGGUUGAAUUAUGCAUAACUUGUUUGCAUUACAGUGACUUGCUUUUUUAUGCUAACAAUUUUUAUAAAGAUUUUGCUUGUGCCCCUGUUUGUUUAUCACUGAAAUUUUGCAACACACUGCAUUUCUAGGUCUGCAUCAUUUAGUAAAACACUUGGCAGUUGUAGUUUACCUGGCUUUUCUUGAAUAUAAAUGGUAGUCUUUACUUUUUUCUGUACAAUGCCAAGUAUUUUAUUAACUAAUGCGAAUCAAAGAAAUGCAGUCUUGUUGUGAAAUCUGAGCGAUAAACAGAAUAGUAGUAAGUGGAAAAUGUUCUUCUAAAGUAGUUAGAAUAAAAUCACGAGUUGUAUUAUCGUGGUGUUUCCAUAUUUUCCUGCUAGUCGAAAGCGAGGGUGCACUUACAUUUGUAGCUGCAUUAUAUUUAUGCAAAUACGGUAUCUCUUUCAUGUUGUUAUGUAAGUUAACUGUGUGCACUUUGACACUAAAAUAAGAAAGUGAGCGAGGAUGAAUAGCAACUUGUAACUGUGACUUGUCUUUCUUUUUUUUGUAAUUUUCUUUUUUGUCACUGUAUAACCAAGAAUUCAAAAUGUGCCAAGCUGUUUGUGAAUUGUUCUCAGGUUUGCUGUUUCUCUUAUCCCGGUGUGGUGCUCUUACAGUUACCAGUACAUGAUGCCUGUAAAUAUGUAAAGGGUUUCCAGCAUAUGUAAAUAGACCCAGGUGUGCCUUUUGCUGGUAUACAUUGGUAAACAUGCUUGACUUUUUGUAUUUAUGGAAAAAAAUUUAUUGUUCUCUUUGUUGUGGGGAUUCUUCUAAUGUAGUGUUAGCCGGUGUGUUAGUUCUGGGUUACAAGAGGUGUUUUCUUUUGUUCUUUUAUUGUGUGUGUGUUGCAUUGUUGUAGCUUAUUUCUACUUACAUUUGAUGAAAAUAGUGGAACUUGUCAGUGCUGCUUUUUGUUGUCUGUUUGCUGGUUUAUAUGUAUCACCAAGAUAGAAAAAAGUGCUAAGUUAUAUAGGGGUAGACGUUUACUGCUGAAGAAACUGUGAACAUGUUCUUUUGCACGUGAUAUUUUUUACCCAUGUGGGGGACAAGAGCAGUUGGAAAUUGUAUGCAAAUAUUUUAGCAUAAAGAUGUGUCUGGUCAUCAUGGAGGCAUACAGCAGACCCACAGUUAUUAAAACUCAGACAAUUUUAAUAAGUUAAAGAAUUCUCAAAAUUUUGGCUAGCCCACUGCAUUAUUGAUGCAUUUUGAAACUGCCGAAUUAUAACAAGGACUUUGGUUAGCUCAAGUCCUUUGCCUUCCCUGGGCAGAUGAAAGGGCCAGAAAUGGCUACUUAGAGGACUUUCAUCAGGCAGCAAAAACAGUUAUUCACCUAGGCUAUAUUGGUAGAUUAAUUUACACUUACAUUUACAAAGCCACCUUGAAGUUCCUUCUCAACUAACCAUGUCAAAUAUUGGCAGUAUCUGCUUGGCACUAGUCAAAUGUUUGUCAGUGAAGUAUUAUGUUUUAUUCUAAUGCGAGUAAUGACUCGUUACUACAACUUUUGUACACUUUUACUGUACAGUAAAAAUUUAGAUGCAGAAAAAUAUACCAUGAAAUCUGAGAAGUCACUCUGAUGCCACUGAUGCGAUGGUUUGGGUGUGAACUGUUAAAAAAAGACUUGGCCUUGCCUUUGUUUCACUCUGAUAGUUAUCUGUGUUUGUCUGUUGGAGUAAUUCAAAUAGUGUUUUGGAAGAAUAGUCUGCCAUUCUAUAUUUUGGCCCUUUAAGUAUAAACCCCAUGAGUGCGAUUUUGUGCACGACAGCGACAAGCGACGGCUUCAAGUGACGUAUCGGGCCAUCGCUUCUGCAAAUCUAGAAUUCGUCGCUCGUCGCCCGGAAUUGCUAUGAGCGACUAGCCAAUAGUAGGCAGCCGGCACGGGAUGUAUAUUAGUGACGUACUACUGGUUUGCGCACGUGCACGCUUCUCAGUAUACAAACGGAACGAGCAAACUACCAAAUUUUGAUAUGUUAACAAAACCCAUUACAAGACCUUCUGAAAGACUUUAUGCUGCUUUGUACAGCCAAACAAAUCGACUUAAAUAAUUAUAGCAAGUGCCACGCCAGGUUUGGCCCUAACUCGAUCCCCUAAUACCGGCAACACUGGAGAGAUGUCACGUGAAGUGGUCGCUCGCUUGGAGUUUGACUUCUGGGCGACGAGUGAAUGCGACAGCCAUCUCCAUCGCGUCGCUUGUCGCUGUCGCGCAAAAAAUCGCUUGCGUGGGGUUUAUACUUUAAUGGCCAAGACUUGCCUGCACUUGAUAUUCAAGGUGCUGUGUAUGUCAAUGGGCACGACUAUGAAAUGGCACUAUACGCCCAUGGCAUCUGCGGCGGUGAAGGGAAAUCUACAGAGGUUAAGUGCUCUUGAACAGUCCCGCAGUUUAACUCACAUUUAUGUGAGCUGUUGAACAGAUGAGAUAACCAUUAUAAUCCUUAUAGGUGUUAAAAUAGUGAAAUACCCAAAACAAAAUUACCUUCAAAUAUUGAAUCGACCACCGAAUAUUUUCUUUUCAUUUCUAAGUAAAGUGAAAUAAUAUAAAAAUGUUUGCGUCAAACCAGCUUCAUAAAGAAAAGGUUUAUUUGCAUUAUUUGGCUAAUGCACCUAGGGCCAUUCACAACUGGACAACUUGCAUCUAUAAACAACUGCUUCCACUUUCCUGGGGCACCAUGACAAAGACAGUAAGGAAACAAGGGAACGGUAUGUCACCACAUGCACAUUUGUUGAUUAAAGAGAGAAGUGCGAUGCUAAAGCAUUGUAUGUUGUGUUAACGGGUCUGGUGAGACUGCCUAAAUCGAGACAACGGAAUAUUUAGGCUGCCUAAAUGUGACGCACUCUUAUUUAAUGAUAGGAACUUAUUGAGCAGACCUUAUCUGUCAUCUGCAUUCACUCGGGAAUUGAUGCCUCAAGCAACGACUGUGGCUCUCCCGCAGUAGAAUCACUCCAAACACUCCUGAUGAAGUAAUAUAGAUAGGAGGCACCGGCUCUGCUCGUUCACAGAUCCUAAAACACCUGUCGUUGGUUCACAGUGCAUUUGCCAGACAGCACUACCCAUGGGAGGAAAAUGCGAAGGGAGGUGCUGCUUCAAUCAAUCGAUUGCUUCCAGGAACUUCUUUUGUCACCACUGCUGCAGCAGCUGUGGAUCAGAUGGUGCUCCGAAGAGAGAAAACUUCUGUCCUUUGCCGUACCUGGAUUCAUAAUGGGGCACAAAACGCUAUCAAUUGCUGUUCUGUCCUUCCAUUUCAAGCAUGAGUAUCGACACUUUGGACAUGAUUAAACAUGCUGCACAGAAACUGAACAAUGUUCCAAACCUGAAAAAUACAUAGCACAUGACCUCCACAUCCGUGCAGACGUUCGGACGUGAAAAUUGUGUACUUCUGCUGUGUCUUCUUGCACAACUUUAUUUCUCGUCUGCUUUCUAUAGGGACACGUACAGAUGCUUUGCAUACGUCCAUAAAGAGCAGGGGCAUAUGUUCAUUUGCAUUUUUUUAUUUGUGCGCAUAUAAUUUUGUGUUCGAUCGCUGUAGAAUUGAGACACCGAGGGCCUGAGUUUCUAGCACGCAGUAAGCUCGACGCAAGCCACCAUGCCAGCUCCAGGCUUCCGGUGCCCCUGUUCUCCACUACUAUAACGCGUGCACAAAUGGGAGCAAGCUGUAGUGCGGUUGCCAUGUGCCUCUGCAGAUGGCAUUUGGCAAGGAGUGUAGUCAGCUGGGCUAGGGAGUGCUAGGUAGUGGUGGGGGAGAGCAGAGAAGUGAGCUACGCGCCCGGCAUCCGCAUUUCAUGAUUGGCCCCCACGUGAAUGCGUUGCAUGGUGGUAGAGUCUGCGCUCCUGUCUGUCUUACUCCAUGCUCACGACUUUCACUGGCCUUUCUCCCCCAAGGCAUUAUCCUUUUUAUUUGAACAGGAACGAAAAUUCAACAAUGUUAAAUAGUGAAUUCCCAAAUAGAAUACAAAUUGAAUAUCCAAAAUGGUUUGAUUUGUAUUUGAAAUUGCAGAAUAUUAGCACAGCCCUAAUAAUUAUUUCAUUCACUGCAGCACUUAGUAUGUUGAAUAGGGUGUAAAGUACAUCACUCAGUGCUAAAUUAAAUUUUUUUUUUCUGCUUUAGACUUGCAUAUUUUGGCAAGGUGGCAAGCUACACUAAUUCACUAUCUGUUCUGAGAAACCGAAAUAUAGAAAAUUUUGCCAAAUCCUGCCAACCUACUUGGCAUAGUUCUGCACAAGCUUGGUCCCUGUAGCUUUUCCUUCAUCACCACAGAAAGUUGUCCACGAGUAUAGCGAGCAGGGGUGCAUUUCUGGAGAUUGUAGAGUUCUGCCAUAUUGUUUAAUUCGCAGUUUUGUCAGCUCAUUGGUUGACAGUGCGGCUAUGCCCUCUGUCAUUGUCUCAAGAGGUGGUGGAAUUUGACAGUGUCCAGAGUAGCAUACCUGGUCACUUCAGAAGUGGCUGUGUAUUAGAUACAGCAGAACCAGUCUAAUAUUUCCCAGACAAGACUGAAGUAAAAGAGAAUGCAUGAUUACGCAAGUUAUACAGAGUGUAUGGACAACACUGUAUAACUUAUAAUCAUGACAAACCAAACUAGCCUGCUUGCAUGCCCCUAUCUAAAAAAGAAAAUGCAGUUGCUGGGAAAAUUCAUUGCAUGAACAUGCUGAAUGUGCUGUUACUCUGGUAACAUGAAAGUUUCGGUGAGCGAGUUGGUGCCAGUGCGCGUGGUUACAGUCUACUUUUCUCCUGUGUGUGGGUUUUUUUUUCUUUUUUGUAGCACCACACAAAGAAAUGUUGGAUGCUGUUACUAUCGUGGGGGUCGGCUUCAGUGAUGUAACUGAGAAAAGGUAUUCGUGAAAAAUGCAUUAUCGAGAGUGCAGUUGUUUGCGUUGCUGUUCCGGCCACAGAAGAUUGUUUCAGUGUGGCUGGAUGGAUAUCUGUAAGAAGGUCAUGGCCCUAUUUGGAGCAGUGCAUAAAGUUUGGAUAUUUUCAGAUCUGCACACCUUGACAACUCGAAAAAUACUAGUUAGUGCAAAAAAAUGCUAGAAUUUGGGGACAAGUACUACAUAAAAAAAAUUUGCUACUCAAGAUUGUGACUGCCUAUUUUUGAAAUCGUAGGCUUGUUAUGUAAAGACGCUGUGAACAGGCUGUAGAAUUAUCUGCGCGCAGACAAGCAGAAGUGUUCAUAAGGUCUGUGAAAUGUUCACGUAAUGCCAGCCAAAAUUUGUUUCCUUUACAUACUUGAAGUGGAUAUACCUGAAGUGGAUCACAAUACUGCGGGUUUGUUGAAAUAUAUUUGAGUGGGUCAGAAAAAUCUUGAUCCGAAAAAUCUGUCAGCGACUGAAUUUAUAAUCUUUUGAGGUCAAUUUUCCCAAACUGGACACAAAUUAAUGUCUUAAAAAUAUUAGUGUUAUUAGGGAAAUCGUGAACAAGCCGUGAGAAUUGGGCAUGUCACAAUAAAAUCUGAAAUGUUGGUAGGUAUGUAGUUGGUUCACGUUCAACAUUGUACGCACAGUGCAGAAGACAAUACAGUAGCAUGUAUUGUGGAUGGCGCAGGUGUAUUGAACUGCACUUUAUUGAACUUUGAAGCUGGAAAUAAGUAUUCCUCGUGAGUUUGAUGUUAACAUGCAUCAGUUGUAGCUUAUCUUGCUAAAAAAAGAAGAUUAAGGACCUCACAGUUACGAAUGGACAGCUAUGUGUGAUUGUUAAAUUUGUGGGUAUAUAUCUUUUUUCCAAUCCUAACAGAAUCUAGUGUGUCCAACCUUGUAUACGUUGAGCAGUGCUUAACUGACAUUCAUGCAAAGUGUGCAGGGUAGCUUAUUAUUUAUCCACUUUUGAUGUCCGAGUCUUUCUGUACUGUUCAAGCUGUUGCUCACUCACAGUAAAAUAGAUGUAGUGGCAUAUUUCUAGCUAGGCUGAUGGUCCUGUGUCCUCGGCAAUAGUGGAUUAGUCAAAUUCAACUUGGUUGUCACAUUUGUUUGAGCUCUGCUGUCAAUGCAGUGACUAGUGAUAUUGUGCAACUUAUUAUGACAGAAAUCCUAACAAAACAGGUUCACUGGAAGAUGGAAUCUUGAAGUGAGCAAUGGUGAAUGUCUCCAGCUGAGCUAAUGUUUUGACAAAGGAACCUGUCAAAACUUAUUCUGGCUUUCCUUGACGAAGACAGGUCCCAUUGUCGAAAUGUUAGCUCCAGCCUUUGAAUCCCUUGUUCGAUUUCUUACCUAUGACAGAGUGUCCUUAGGUGGACAGGUUAUAUGCUUUCAUGUAGACUAUAUACGCAUAGAAUAUGAGUUUAAAAAAUUUUCAUAAGCAAAAUUUGCCUUGUGGCAGUAUUCUUCAUUGCCCUGAAACUGUGUUGUGCUUCGACGUGGAACAACACUCGGAGUGGUGAUGAUUGAAUAUGUGCAUAUGAAACUUUGUGGAGCUUGGAUUUAUGCCGGUGAUUGUGCGGCAUUGUUUUUAUAUAAAAGUGUGAGCAUUGUUUGUACAGAUUUAUUUGUCCUUUUUCACAGGGCUGUAAAUUGUGUGUGUGUGGGGCAGGGGCACAUAUGUGCAAACAUAUAGUAGCUAGGACAGCAGACACAUGUAGCCCUGUUUGCUAUCUGUGACCAAAGAAGUGGGAGAGCCUAAAAGGAAAAAUUGCAUUGAAAUCAUCUGCAGGUAAUGUGCUUCAUUGCUCAGCUUGUACACCAUGUUUGUUAGACAACCUAGUAAUUUGCUGCAAUUAUUUGGCGUAUAAUGCAUAGUGGUAAACUGAGACUAUACUUUAAGAAACCUUGUUCCCAAGUGAAAAAUAAGUAACCUGCAUUAGGGUUUUGGUUUCAUGUGCCUUCCCUGCCAAGUGCGACAUUGACUUCCAGAACGAGAGCUGUAAAUAUAUUUCUAUUUUCCUAUGUGUGUGGAGGUCCAAAUAUAGUAGUUCUUUUGGCCUAUGUGGAAAGGUAUUGGUUUACUUUCUCACCUCCUAAACAUAUCAAAUGAUAGUCUUGUUUGAAAAGCUCCUGUGUAAAUAUUAAAACUUCCAUUUUAGUAAAACCA